AAGCUUUCUGAUUGUACAAGCUACACAGAUCAACUCUCUAACUCCGUUUUCUCCCCGGAUUUCACAUUCAAACACAAGCUCUAUCUCUAUAGAAGAUUCGAUGGCAACGGCGAUGGCUGAGGAUAGCAACUUCGAAGACGAUCAGCUCCAUGCUAUGUCCACUGAUGAUAUUAUUAGGGCUUCUCGCCUUCUCGACAAUGAAAUUCGAAUCAUUAGGGAAGAGCUACAGAGGACGAAUCUAGAGGUGGAUUCCUUCAAGGAGAAGAUAAAGGAGAAUCAAGAGAAAAUUAAGCUCAAUAAACAACUUCCUUACUUGGUCGGCAACAUUGUUGAGAUUUUGGAGAUGAAUCCAGAGGAAGAAGCUGAGGAGGAUGGUGCAAAUAUUGAUCUCGACUCACAAAGGAAGGGAAAGUGUGUUGUACUGAAAACGUCCACGCGUCAGACAAUUUUCUUGCCUGUCGUUGGCCUUGUUGAUCCUGACAAUUUGAAACCUGGUGAUCUUGUUGGAGUAAACAAAGACAGUUAUUUGAUAUUGGAUACCUUGCCAUCUGAAUAUGACUCUCGGGUUAAGGCAAUGGAAGUUGAUGAAAAGCCAACUGAAGACUACAAUGAUAUUGGAGGCUUGGAGAAACAGAUUCAAGAACUUGUCGAGGCAAUUGUUUUGCCUAUGACACACAAAGAACGAUUCCAGAAAUUAGGUGUUCGUCCUCCAAAGGGAGUCCUUUUGUAUGGGCCUCCAGGGACUGGGAAAACACUCAUGGCCCGAGCCUGUGCUGCACAGACGAAUGCUACUUUUCUUAAGCUAGCUGGACCCCAGCUCGUGCAGAUGUUCAUUGGAGAUGGCGCAAAACUUGUCCGUGAUGCUUUUGAGCUGGCAAAGGAGAAAUCACCUUGCAUUAUUUUCAUUGAUGAGAUUGAUGCCAUAGGCACAAAGCGUUUUGAUAGCGAAGUUAGUGGGGAUCGAGAGGUCCAACGAACUAUGUUGGAGUUACUUAAUCAGCUUGAUGGUUUUAGCAGUGAUGAUCGGAUUAAGGUAAUAGCUGCAACAAACAGAGCUGAUAUUUUGGAUCCUGCUUUGAUGAGAUCUGGUCGAUUGGAUCGUAAGAUUGAGUUCCCCCACCCAACAGAGGAAGCCAGGGCUAGGAUCUUGCAGAUCCACUCCAGAAAGAUGAAUGUUAACCCAGACGUUAAUUUUGAAGAAUUGGCUCGAUCAACAGAUGAUUUUAAUGGGGCACAAUUGAAAGCUGUAUGUGUUGAGGCAGGCAUGCUAGCACUUCGUCGCGAUGCCACCGAGGUUACACAUGAAGACUUCAACGAAGGUAUCAUUCAAGUUCAAGCCAAGAAGAAAGCCAGCUUAAACUACUAUGCCUAAACUGAUCAGAGGUGCCAAAGAGAUAUGGCUGCUUUUAGCUUUUCAAAGUUGAUAUGGCUGCUGAAAUGCCCUACACCACCUACCUCUUCUCUUUCCCUCUUGACGUUGCAACUGCCAUGCCCUUCACUGCCCCCUCCCAACCCCUUUGCUUUCACUGUUCUUUCUUUCUGGAGAGCGGUGAGGGGGAAUGAAUGGAAGAUUUUCUUGAUGAUUGUUGAUAUCAGAAAGGUUCUUCUAGUGUGUGAAUCUCUUCUUGAAUUUGUUCUUUUUAUAUUUUCCUAUUGUAUAACUUAAUGACCCAGAUUCUCUGAGUAGAUCGUUAGCUUUGGACGAGAGCUACCCAAAUACUUAAGAUCUGUUGUAGGAUAUUCUACGUGCUUAUGAAUUAUGACGGGGGAUGAUUUUGUUGCA